GUUGUUCCAGCGGUAGAUUUGGAUUGGACAGACCGGCUGCGGAAAAUGGGAGACGACUUGGGUGACGACUGGUGGAAUCAUGAGGACAAUUCAGAAGCCUCUGGGGCAGAGGAAGAAAAAGAGCAAGUCAAAGAGCAAAAAGAAAAGCCAAACGCACCCAUAAAAGCAGAGAAGAGGAAGAGAUUGACAGAAAAAGAAGUAAAAGCAAAGAAGAAGAAAACAAAUGUACAGAAGACAAAUAUAACUCCUGAAAAGAAAGAGACUGACAAUGAGAAGUCAGACAAACCCAAAAAGAAGAGAAAGAAGAAGAAAACAAUUACAGAUGUGCUGUCCACCUCUGAGCCCAAAGCGGGCUGUCCAGCAGACCUGCAGAAUCUGGUCACACAGUACUUCACAGACAAGCGCUCAGUGAUUGAGCAGGAAGAGCUGAAACUAGAGGAUUCCUGCUUCCUGUCCAGUAAUGACCUGACUCACAGCCUUUCCUCAUAUCUGAAACAGAUUUGUCCCAAAUGGGCAAAAAUUCAAAAGCAUCAUGACGAGAAAAGCUCUGUGGUUCUGCUGAUCGUGUGCAGCUCCGCUCUCAGAGCUAUUGAGCUCCUUAAGCAGAUGACAACAUUCAAGGGUGAAGCCAAAGCAGUUAAACUUUUUGCAAAACAUAUCAAGGUGGAGGAACAGGUGAAGAUGCUGCAGAAAGGCAUCACACACAUCGGAGUGGGGACACCCGGCAGGAUCUCAGCUCUCAUUGAGAAAGAGGGUCUAAGCUUGCGAGCCUUGCGUUACCUGAUUCUGGACUGGAACUGGAGGGAUCAGAAGCUCAGACGGAUGGUGGACAUUCCAGAGAUAAAAGUGGAUAUUAUGAAGCUGCUGGAGGGUGUUAUCCUAAAUGGUUGUAAAGAAGACAAAGUCAAGAUUGGACUAUUUUAACCCCACUUUGUCAACUUAACUGUGCUACAGCUUGAUGCCGAUGUUCCUCUUACAUACUCACAGGCCUCACCAUCCUGUUUGUUUUCCCUUUGUGUCAGUGUGAAACCUGUUGUUGUUCUUUUACUGUUUUCAGAGACAAAGUCAAAUGUGUGAUGUUGUUUGUUCGCUCUUGUAGUCUGACACGAUGUCCCAGUGUGAUGGAUUGAAUAAACGGACUCUGAAAGAAACCA